AUGUCAAGCUCGAUCGCUCCUGCAUCAGGCAUACCAGAGCAUAAGGUUACCAGUUUACCCGUCGGGAGCGAAGGCUCAUUGGCUGGAGAUGGCAAGCGAAAUAUCGAGGUCGAGGGAUGGCUGGUCGAGACAUGCAAACUGCCAAUCUUAAACUCGAAAGAAAUCAAACAAUUUGGAGAAAAGCUUAAAGUGCCCCUGCCGGAAAUAUGUUUUGGGAACAAUUAUCUAUCGAUCAAGCAUCCUCGAUCAGGUUUUCAUUACCAGUGGAAUACCUUGGACGCACUAUUACCACUAAACCCGGUCGAAGGUGAAGAGCAGGAUUACAUCAAGGUAGCUUACGCGGAUCAUUGGUCUCAAGCGCGCAAAGAAUCGGAUUCUGUGACCAAAGUAGUCAAUCCGUUCGAUUGGACAUACACUACGACGUAUUCUGGUACCAAUCACUCAUCCGAAAUUGAAUUCAACUCUCCCCCCGAUCCCAAAGAUCAUGGCGGAAUCCCACUCGCUGUCCUCUCAAGACCGGAUCCGAUUCUAUUUUUUGACGAAGUAACCUUGUUCGAAGAUGAACUGCACGACAAUGGGAUGGCAAGCCUUCAGAUAAAAGUUAGAGUCAUGCCAACUUGCAUCUUUGCUUUAUCGCGGUUCUUCCUGAGGGUGGAUGGCGUGGUUUUUCGGUUGUUUGACGUUAGGUUUUACGUCGAUAUUCAAACAAAUCAAAUCAUUCGAGAAAUCAAAGCCAAAGAAAUGAAAUAUGACCUGCUGAAAAGUCGGUUACCACCGGAGAACCCGCACGAUCUAACGCCAUUGACAGACCCGAAUUUUGUUUCUCAGGCCCUGCAAAUGCUGAAAUCAGAAGAGUUCACGAUUCCUUCUCAGGCCCCGUCCUCAAAACAAGACAAACCAAAAAAAUGGCGGAACAUGUUGGGCGCUCAUCUUGAUCUCGCCUCCAUUGCAAUCCCCUCCUCCCCCUUAUCGAUCCAGUAA